GUCACUGCGCCUGUUGUGCGUGCGCUGUUUUCACCGGCUGCGCUGGUCGCUGUUUCAGUUGUGUUCACGGCGCUCGUUCGAGUCGUCGUAUCGGAAAUAGCAAAAAGUCAUAAGAAGAAUAAUAAGAACAGUAAUACUACACAGGUGAAAGUGAGGAGUGUGCAGGCCGCGCGGACUCGGGGACGCGCACGGGCACUCGGAGCGCCGGUGCAGCCGCGGGAUGGAGCGCCGCCGUCGGCUGCUGUGACUGCAAGUGACCGGAGUUCUCGAUCUCUGCGCUUCGAAUCCCUGCCCACCGAUCCGCGCACCAGCAUGGCUCCCAAAGACAUCAUGACCAACUCUCACGCCAAGUCCAUCCUGAACGCCAUGAACGCGCUGCGCAAAAGCAACACGCUGUGCGACAUCACACUGAGGGUGGAGAACACCGACUUCCCCGCUCACCGCAUCGUCCUGGCCGCCUGCAGCGACUAUUUCUGCGCCAUGUUCACUAGUGAGCUGUCGGAGAAAGGGAAGUCGUUCGUGGACAUCCAGGGCCUGACCGCUUCCACCAUGGAGAUUUUGCUGGACUUUGUUUACACCGAGACCGUCCUGGUUACGGUGGAGAACGUGCAGGAGCUCCUUCCGGCCGCAUGCCUGCUGCAACUCAAAGGGGUGAAACGAGCCUGCUGUGACUUCCUGGAGAGUCAGCUGGACCCAUCCAAUUGCCUCGGAAUUCGAGACUUCGCCGAGACGCACAACUGCCUGGACCUGAUGCAGGCGGCCGAGCUCUUCUCGCAGAAGCACUUCCCGGAGGUGGUGCAGCACGAGGAGUUCAUGCUGCUCAGCCAGGAGGAGGUGGAGAAGCUCAUCAAGUGCGACGAGAUCCAGGUGGACUCGGAGGAGCCGGUGUUCGAGGCCGUGCUGAACUGGGUGAAGCAUAAACGGAAGGAGAGGGAGCCCUUCCUGCCAGAAAUGCUGGAGUAUGUGCGAAUGCCCCUGCUCACACCGCGCUACAUCACUGACGUCAUCGACACAGAGCCCUUAAUCCGUUGUAGCCUUCCAUGUCGAGACCUUGUAGACGAGGCCAAAAAAUUCCACUUGCGGCCGGAGCUGCGAAGUGAGAUGCAGGGCCCCCGAACCCAGGCACGAUUAGGAGCAAAAGAGGUACUGCUGGUAAUUGGAGGAUUUGGCAGCCAACAAUCGCCCAUUGAUGUCGUGGAAAAAUAUGACCCAAAGACCCAGGAGUGGAGCUUUCUCCCGAACAUUGCCCGCAAGCGGCGCUAUGUGGCCACGGUGUCCCUGAAUGACCGCGUCUACGUGAUCGGCGGCUACGAUGGGCGGUCGCGCCUCAGUUCGGUCGAGUGCCUGGACUACACGGCAGACGAAGAUGGGGUGUGGUACACCGUCGCCACCAUGAACGUGCGCCGUGGCCUUGCUGGUGCCACCACACUGGGAGACAUGAUUUACGUAGCCGGUGGCUUUGACGGCAGUCGGCGACACACCAGCAUGGAGCGGUACGACCCCAACAUUGACCAGUGGAGCAUGCUGGGAGACAUGCAGACGGCGAGGGAGGGGGCGGGGCUAGUGGUGGCUAGCGGACUCAUCUAUUGCCUCGGUGGCUACGAUGGACUGAACAUAUUAAAUUCAGUAGAGCGGUAUGACCCACACACAGGGCACUGGACGAGUGUGACCCCCAUGGCCACCAAGCGCUCAGGUGCUGGUGUGGCCUUGCUCAAUGACCACAUCUAUGUGGUGGGGGGCUUCGACGGCACAGCCCACCUUUCCUCCGUGGAGGUCUACAACAUUCGCACAGACUACUGGACCACCGUGUCCAGCAUGACGACACCCCGCUGCUAUGUCGGAGCCACCGUGCUGCGAGGCCGACUCUACGCCAUCGCUGGGUACGACGGAAACUCCCUCCUGAGCAGCAUCGAGUGUUACGACCCUGUGAUUGACAGCUGGGAGGUGGUUACCUCCAUGGCAACGCAGCGCUGUGACGCUGGGGUGUGUGUGCUGCGGGAGAAAUGAGUGCCGCAAAGGGCCACCUGCCACACCGGUGCACAUUUCAGCAGCAAGGAGGGCCACGCAGCGUUUGGCGCUGCGACACUCUCACCGCGUGCUUGACAGUCUGUGCGACUCCCCAUCCACCUCACCCCCCCAUUCUGUCCGCUGCCAUACUAGACUUCCUCCUUCGCCAUUGCCAUAGUGAGAUGACCCUUCACCUCGAAGGAUGAAGGGCAGGCGCUUCUUGUGGACUUCAGUUUUUUUCUUAAGUUAUUGUACUUGUGUGUAAGUGCUGGCGCAUGGCCUACGUUCGCUAUGAACCGAACUGCGCUCAAAACCACCCGUGUGAGUCGGCUUGUGACCAAAGUGCGCUCUUCUCGCUGCCCUUGUGAAGUGGGAUAUGAAGCCUUCGGCCAUCACAGCUCCUACUUGUGGCAAAGACUCUCCGCUGCCGAGGACAAGGUGUUGCUGAUCGUCGCUGGCACUUGUUACCGAUGACCUUCAUGCUUUCAGGUGUGUGAAGUCUGUCUUGGUGGGUUGUAACUAAAUCAAUAUACAUAGUGUGGGUUUUUGUAAAUCUGGGGUGGAUUUAGAAAUAAAUAAAUUGAAAAAGAGCAUUACGACGUGUGUGUGUUCUGU